GCUUCUUCACAACCUGAGAAAGGGCGCACGCCGCGUGGCCGUUCUACCAGAGAGGGAAGCCCUCUCCGGCUGUCCAUUCCUGUCCAUCAUCAUCGAAGCUUUCCUAGAUGCAUUCCUAGAUACCUUCCUUUGAUGCAAUCGUCAGCCAUCAACACAGGAUAUGCCAUCAGUGCAGGAUGAUCAACAACUCAUAUGCCAGAAAGCUACUCUCCGAACAUCAGCUGUAGAGAACCCAGCUGAAAUCUCAGCUGCCGCUUGCAAGGGAGAUCUCGAGGAAGUCAAAAAGCAAGUUCAGCGGCUCCUACAUGACCCUCGGCCUCCUGAGCCACAACCGCCCCAACCAAAAUGGUUGGCCCAAUCGCUUCUCAUAGCCAUGCAAAAACCAAAUAUCGAAAUGGUGCAAUUCUUGCUUGAUGAGAAUGUUGCGGACCCACAUUCUGUAGCUGAGGCUGCUGUGCGUGGGCGAGGGUGGGAAGUCUUGGAGUUAUUCCUUCAGUAUGGAUGGGAUAUAAACCGACCGCAGGGCCGGAACGAACCCCCCUUGUUGAGCAUACCUCUAUGUACCGCAGACAGAGAAAUGGUUGAGUGGCUUCUUAACCAUGGUGCUGAUCCCAAUGCCCGUUGCGCGUGGGACUUCACCCCCAUGUCUCUAGCUAUGUACCUGGCUCCUCUGGAUCUUAUAGACUAUGUGUUCUCUCGAGGAGGAGACGCUCACUAUGGCCAGCUACUCCAUUGCGCCGUUCUUAGGGAGAAACCCGAUGCUCUAGACGUGGUUCGUCGGGUCAUUCAGCGAGGUGCACCGAUCAAUGAAGUUAAAUAUGAAAAGGAACCAAUGGUGUAUUGGGAGCGUGAGCCAUUUGGCCUAGGGACAGCACUUCAUCGAGCCGCGGAGUUUGGCAACAAGAACAUUGUCAAAUACUUGUUAGAGCAAGGAGCUGAUCCUUUGAAGUUGGAUAGCAAAGGGAAAACACCACGCUUCUGGGCAGAGAAGUGUAACGACGCAGACGUGGCUAGCAUUCUUAAGGAAGCAGAAGAUAAUCAGUCCAGCGCGCGACUUCGUCUAUAGUUCUGAGUCUGCCAAAGUUGCAAAUCUACAGUGAAGGAGUUGGAGUGGAGCGAUUUGGAGCCAACCGGAGUGGAGCGGCCAAAAAGAGGUUCUGGAGCCGGCUUCU